AUGCCUGAUACCUGGGCGCGACUUGCCGGCGUCGUCGGAUCUGGCCGACGAACCGGCCGCUGGUACCCUUCAGCAUUACUAUAUCAAACAUUGAUAAACGGCUACGGGUAUUUACCACACGGGAAGCCUUUGAGCGGUCGGCCGGUAGAGGAUGGUGAUGAUGAUAAUGAUGAUAGUGAUUUAUUUUGGGGCGCGGCUUAUACUGCACCAGAGGCGACGAGCGACGAGCGGGACGUCGCGCAGUCGAUCUUGGACCCUGCGUUGUUGGAGGUAUACGAGGCUUUGAUCCGAGACUCUUCCAGUAGUGAUAACUUGUUCCUCAGAGUUGGGCCUUGA